UGCUGCCUGCCCGGGCUGGAUCAUUAGCCCGCCAGCCCAUAUUGCUGGCAAUACCGGUUUGCAUCGAUGAUGCUUGGCCAUCGUGUCGGCCCCUCUUCCUCGCGCUCUUGCCGCCAUUCCGUUGUUUCCCGUGGCCUGCGCAAGCCUCGUGUUGUAUAUUCCUCUCUGUGUCUGUUCGUCCCCCUCUAUGCCUAUCGAUAUGUCUGCUGUACCUGUGUCCACGAUGCCGUAUGAACUGCCCGAGGCGUGCACGUCCGAGGCGCACGAGAUCAUUCAGUGGGCACUGCUCAAGGAGAAACACUACCCGGCGCUGCGGAACCCGAUGUACCUCUCGGAGGUACAGCGCCACGGUAUGACAUCCACCUGGCGUCUUCGAGUAUGUCGCUGGAUGUUUGAGACCGCGAAGGAGUUCGAGUUGCAGAUGGACACGGUUUACGGUGCCCUACACUUCCUGGACCAGUAUCUCAGCGUACACUCGGUGGACCGAGUGACGCUGCAGCUCCUGGGUAUGAUCUGCAUGUGGACGGCCAGCAAGAUGCACGAGGGUAAGCCCAUUCUCCUUGAGGAGAUGGCACUCAUGUGCGAGCGCAAGUUCUCACGCGCACAAAUGGUCGACGCCGAGGCACAACUCGUGCGUCUCAUCGGCUUCCGCUUUAACCCCCCGAACGUCUUCACUAUGGCCAGAGACUUCGUGAACGAGCUCCCAUUUGACAACGACGCCGACCGUCGGGCCAACUGCGUCGCCUCUGUAUUCAAUCUCCUCGAGCGUGUGGUCGAGGACACGUCGUCUCUCGACUGCUCGGCCUCAAGUCUAGCCAAGGCCGCUGUCCAACUCGUAGCCAAGUCAGAGUACAACCUCACAGUCGCACAGGUUCUCAAGUCUCUCAAGACAGUCAAAAUCGUCGAAAGCGCCUACCGCGCAGCCUUCAAAAUUGUGCGUGGCGCCUACUUCGGCACGACCCCCGCCUCCUCGCGGUCCAAGACUUCACAAGCUGCUAUCUCUGAGAUGGUGGAGCCUCUUAAGGCUUUGACCCAGAGCCCCACGGCCAUCGAACAAGGUCCGUCGUUCCAGGAUGACGAGGUCUCAUCAGACACUAGCAACCUGGACGACUCGUACCUCAUCUGCACCGAGACGCUCUCUCCUUCUCCCUCACAAGCACCCCCUGCACCCGUGCGAACGAGUGCAUCCUCUUCAUCUAUCAUCGGUGUUACUCGGACUGCGUCAUCACCAGCGCGGUCCGAGCCCGAUACCAAGCGAGCCAACAAGCGUCAGCGUAAGUUGAGCAUGCAAACACAAUAGGAAAAAAAACACAAAAUUGUAGAUAGGAAACAAUCGGAAGCCAAAAAUAAAACUAAUUUAUACUCUAAA